AUGCUAGACGGACCGGCUCUGGAAGUCGUGCUAACAGCGGCCAAUUCUGCCGCUCAAGCCUGGUAUGGGUACGAUCAGGGCGUCGUGAGCGGCAUCCUCAUCAGCCCAGAUUUUAUCCGCGUCUUCCCCCAGACCAAGGUAUCCUCGAUCCAAGGUAUCACAGCGAGCUGUUUUUCACUAGGAAACCUGGCCGGGUGUUUAAUAGCCGCCUGCUAUGGCAACCGCCUGGGACGCAAAAACACACUGCGAAUCGGCGCAGUGAUCAGUGCCAUCGGCGCCGUACUGCAGUUUCUGUCGUUCGCGUUUCCGCAACUGAUCGUGGGGCGGGUGAUCAACGGAGUGGGAAAUGGGAUGACCAGCUCGACCUGUGGAGUCUACCAAGCCGAAUCUUGUCGCAGUGACCGCCGCGGCAAAUUGUCCGUCAUUGUCGUGCUUCACAAUGUCGUCUUUUAUUGCGCUGCCACCUGGUUGACUUUGGGAUGCUCGUUUCUUCCGGGGGGGUACCAGUGGCGGCUGCCGCUGGCUUUGCAGCUGGUUCCAUGCAUGUUCCUGGUUGCACUCCUCCCCCUAGUCCCAGACAGCCCCCGCUGGCUCCUGAUGCAGGGCAAGACAGAACAAGGACUCGAAGCCAUCCGACGGUAUUCCGGGCGAGGGCUGGAAGCAGAAGACCCAGUAGUACAGAGCGAAUACCAUUCAAUCCUGGGCGCAAUCCGGAUCGAGCGCGAAUCCCAGAUCUCUUUCACGCAUGUGCUCGCGCGCCGAGAUCGAUCAAGCCACCUGAAACGACUUCUGCUCGGCUGUGGCGGCCAGUUUAUGCAGCAGUUUGGGGGAAUCAAUGCGCUGAACUAUUACUUCACGAUCAUGCUGAUUGAUAAUGUCGGGCUCGACGAGUUCAAGGCGCGGGUUCUGACGGGGUGCAAUGCAACUUCGUACAUGGUUUCGUCGGCGCUGUGUUUCUGGUUGAUUGAGCGAUGUGGGCGGCGGGUGUUGAUGCUCAGUGGGUUGUCGCUACAGUGUCUGGCGUAUGUGAUGGUGGCUAUUGCCAUUGCUCUGCUGCGCCAGGCUCCGUAUGAGUGGGGCAUUGUAGCCGUGGCUUUUCUGUUCUUUUACUACGCCACCUUUGGGUGUACUUGGGGCAUGGUGCCGUGGGUGUACCAGGCCGAAAUCAACUCGCUCGCAAUGCGAACACAGGGGGCUGCAGCUGCUACAGCAACCAACUGGCUGGCAGGGUUCAUCUGUACUCAAUUUACUCCGACGGGCAUUGCGAACAUUGGAUACCGAUUUUAUAUCAUAUUUGCUGUGUUCAACUUGGCCUUCAUCGCAGUCGUCUACUUUCUAUACCCGGAAACGGCCUACCGCACGUUGGAGGACCUCGAUGUGUAUUUCGACCGCGACUCGAACCAUCGCACCAUCAUUCCGAUUCAUGACACUGUUGCGAAGCAGUCGAAGCGGCCGUUUGAGGCGAUUGAGGCGGAGGCUCAGCGGGUGGCUGCCACCAAGGCUGAUGCGAAGGGGAUAGUUGAGCAUGUCGAGGAUGUGCGAGGAGCUUGA